AGAAGCACAGAGACGGCCGUCAUUUUUCUUAUAAAGGAGAUUUUAAAGGGCAUACCGGCGCCGUUUAUGCGGUGAAGUACUCGCCGUGCGGAAAUGUUCUCGCCACUGGAAGCUUCGAUAAGAGCAUUUGUUUUUGGGAUGUCCAACAGCAAAAACUGAUUCAUAGUUUAACUCAUCACAACAUUAUUGUUGCGGAUCUAUGUUGGUUUGUAGAUGGAAGUUUGCUUGUUUCCGGUUCUUAUGAUUCUUUUGCUAAAGUGAUUGACGUGUUAACUGGAAAUGCUGUAUACGAAUAUAAAGUUGAAGGAUUUGCACACGCUGUUUCUUUUAAUUCAACAAAUAAAAAUAUUAUAAUUGUGGGUACCACGCGCAACCAACUUCACGUGCAGGACUGCCGGUUGUUACCCAACGAAACUGCGCUUGCCAUUUUUAACGAUGCGAUGAUCAAUUCAAUCUACGCAUAUCGCGAUGGUACAUAUGUUAUUACGGGAGACUCCAAGGGAACCUUGAGCACUUGGGAUCUGCGAAUAGGAAAAGCUAUUAGCUCGACGCUCAACAGUGAAGGAAGGCACUCUAUAUCCUGCAUUCACGUACCUUCACAGGGCAGUUCCAGUGACCCUUCACGCGAGGAAGAAAGCAAAUAUCUGGCAGUCAACAGUUAUGACAAUGUCAUACACGUAUAUAACCGCGGAGCCAUGCCGCCUUCGACGACUCUGCGAACUACAGCGCUUCUUAUAGGCCACGUGAAUAAAAACUGGCCAAUCCGCUCUUCUUUCUUUCUUGGGAAAAAUUACGAAGGCUGGCCUGUACCUGCUAACGAUGAACAAUCUUCACAAAACUUUGAGAAUAUGAUAAAGAAUCCGAGCCAAAAGUCUGUGCAUAACACGCUGAUAUUGGCUACUGGAAGCGCCGAUGGUUUUGCUUAUAUUUUUGAUGUUGGGGACGGGCAUUCUUCUUGCAUUCAACGCCUUCACGGGCACAGCGAUCGUGUUUAUGCUGUAGACUUUCACCCCUGUGAGCCAUGGUUGGCCACUGCCUCGGCGGACUGUUUAGUUAAACUUUGGAGCGCAAAGUCACAACUUUUUCUGCGGGAUUUUGAUAAUUGAUUCGUUUUUUAUU